AUUUGUAGAGAUGAUGUCGAAUGUCACCGCCUUCUCUUAGCAGUAUGGCGAGAAAAGAGGACGGAUUAAAUAUGGAGAAUGGAACCGCAACAUAUAAAACAUUUCCAAACUGGAUGGGAGAGUUGCCAGACAGAUUACGAAGUGAAUCACUGAAAAAUAUAGCUAUUCCAGGCUCUCAUGACUCAUUCAGUUUCUUCCUCGACUGCCAGUCACCUGUUGCAUCAGGAUCACCAGACACAGUACGGAACCUUGUUGCGGUCUUUGGUGAUGCAGCCAAGAAGAUCGUCCACAGUUGGUCAGUCACACAGGCACUCAACUUCAAACAGCAGCUGGACCUGGGGAUUCGCUACUUUGAUUUCCGUAUAUCCCGCUGUCCAGGCAAGGAGGGCUUCUAUUUCGUCCAUGGCCUGCAUGGGUUACGAGUCAGUGAUUGCCUGCGAGAAAUCAAUGACUGGUUGAAUGAACACCCCAGGGAAGUUGUCAUUAUUGAUUUCAAUCACUUGUACUGCAUGCAGGAGAAGCACAGUGAGCUGAUAUCCUGCGUAGAGGAAGCCUUCUCCUCCAAACUUUGUCCAGAGAUGGAUUUAGAAGCGGUUACCCUGAAUGUCCUCUGUGACGAAGGUUGGCAGGUCAUUACAAUCUACCAUCACGAUGAGACAUCGGUGAAGCAUACUAACCUCUGGCAAGGCACAAGAAUCCACAGUGUAUGGCCCAACACUGCUGAAGCACCCAAGAUGGUGAACAUACUCAAUGCUCACCACACCAGGGGUAGGCCCCCUGAUAAGUUUUACGUAUCACAGGGUGUCUUGACACCAACUGGCACCACCAUUCUACAGCACAUUGGUAAUAACUUGAAAGGUGUGCUUGCAGGUCCUGCGAUUAGGAAUACGAAGUACUUCCUCCAAGAUAAAACUAUUGGACCCACUGGUAUUAAUAUUGUCAUUGCAGACUUUGUAGAGAUGGAGCAGUAUGUUGAAGCUGUGCUUGCUCUCAAUUCAAAGGAGUAAUGGAGUCAUGCAAAGUGCCAAACUUGCCCUAGAGAAGAAAAAAAAAA